GCUGGCCGAUAUACAUAUGUCUGGAUCCGCGUUCGCAGGUAUAUGAGACCAACGAAAGAGACGCACAGUGUUUCAGGGAGCACGUUUUUGAGCGCGAGUAGCGUAGCGACGUAUUGUAUAGACGAGCGUGUGUAUGAGAGAUACGCAGAAUAAGAGGUACAUAUUUGUAUUACCCGAGACAGUUGAAGUGUGGCCGGUACUGUCUUCCGGCGUUUCUUGUGUGACAGAGAUAAUACAUGAGCGAGUUCAAGGAUGUCGACCCGACGGGGAGAUAUGUCCGGUUUGACGACGAGCUGGGUCGAGGGGCGUACAAGGUGGUGUACCGUGCGUUUGACAGGGAUUUGGGCAUAGAGGUGGCGUGGAAUCAGAUACGCGUGGACGAGCAGGCGGAUUUUGAGAAGCUUUGGAAGGAGAUAACGAUACUGCGUUCGUUGAAUCACCCGAACGUGUUGGUGUGUCGGGCGGCUUGGGUGGACGAGCGGCAGCUCCACGUGGCGUUCAUAACAGAGUGCAUGACGAGUGGAACAUUGCGUCAGUUUGUGAAUAAGGCAAAGGGAGUGAAGCUCAAGGUGCUCAAGAGUUGGUGCACGCAGAUAUUGGAGGGGUUGAAGUAUUUGCACACGCACGACCCGCCGAUAAUACAUCGGGACAUAAAGUGCGACAAUUUUGUUCAUCAACGGCAGUACGGGCGUGAUCAAGAUAGGUGAUUUGGGUUUGGCGACGAACAUACUGAGCUUCGCGGAGAACCGGUUGAGCGUGAUAGGGACGCCGGAGUUCAUGGCGCCCGAGUAUUACGAGGAGCAGUACGACGAGAAGGUGGACAUAUGGGCUUUUGGCAUGUGUUUGUUGGAGAUGAUUACGUUGGACUACCCGUUUUCCGAGUGCACGAAUCCGGCUCAGAUUUUCAAGAAGGUGUCAAGUGGACAGAAGCCGAGGGCGUUGAGUCGGAUUAAGGACCCGUCGAUAUACGGGUUUAUUUUGGAGUGUUUGAAGCCGGCGGCGCAGAGGAAGUCGUCGAGCGAGUUGCUGCAGCACGCGUUUUUGCAGAACAUAGAGGACGAGGCGAACAACAGGAGCAUUGAGUUGUGGAGCGACGCGGAGUUGGAGGCGAUGCAGGCGCAGCAGCACGUGCAGUCCUUGUUGCCCUUGAGCGAGGAGUUGGAGGAGUUGGGAGCGCCGGGCCAGCAGAGGUCGUACGUGGGGGCGAUGAGGAGGCCGGUGGAGCUGGGAGAGGAGAAGAGGGCGUUUGAGGUGGAGGUGUCUAAGGUGCCGACGGAGUCGGAGAGGGUGUCGUUUUCGCCGCCGGUGGUGCCGUCGGCGCCGAUAACCAUUCCGCCGAGGAGGGCGUGUCCGACGUCGUCUUCCGAGUUCAUGAAUUCCGUGCUGUACCAGACGCCGCCGGAGGAGGUGUUGGGGGCGGUUGCGGCGUUUUCGCAGCCGUCCCAGGUGGUUGAGGAGCACAGGGAUUCGUUUUCGCUGCCGCAGGAGGUUGGCGCGCAGGUCGAGGCGCAGAUGCCCCACGUGUCCGUGGCCUCGUCGCCGGGCGCGGCGCCCCCGCCGUGCGACGCGCCGUAUUUGAAUUUGGCGCUUCAUCUGGGCGUGGAGCCCCAUUCCACGGUUAUAGAGUUCGAAUAUUACCUGCACGUUGACACGCCGCUCGACGUGGCGGUCGAGAUGGUGCACGAGUUGCACUUGUCCGAGUCGUUGGUCGACAUGAUUCGUCAUUGCAUCGAGUCGAAGGUCAACGAGUAUCUCAGGAUCGAGGAUCCGCGGAAGUCGCCCGCGCCCCCGGACGGCCACGAGCGGCCGGACCGGCCCGCGGUCAAUAGCGUUGCCGUCACCUCGUCUCCCAAGCCGGACGGCUUGGUCAGUGACUUGAUGCACUUCCGCCACGAUCCAUUUUCUUCCCUCAGUUCCAAGCACCUUUUGGCGCCUCAGCACCACCCUACGCCGCUGCUCGUUGCCGAAAACACCGCCGCCGCGCCGAGCGCCCACCUGGGCCCUCCCGCCGCGCAGGUCCGCGACCGACCCGCUCAAGCGCCACCGGCCGACGUCUCCGACUCGCCCCUGCUCACCAGGCACCCCACCUCCAUCGUCGACAUACCGGUGCCCGGAGCGUCGCUGCAAUCCCGCGACCCGUCGUCCCGUCCGGCCGACGAGCAGCAGGCGCCCUUCUUCAACCCGACUCCCGACGUCCCCGUCCAACUGAACGGCCUGCUCGCUCUGAACCUGGCCACCUACUCCCUUCCCUACAUCAACCUCUCCGUGACCGAGUCCCCCACCGGGCCCUCGGAGGGCCACGACAGCCUGUCCAAGCCGCCCAGAACCGGGUCGCUCCGCUACCAGCGACACCCCCACCUCAAGCACGCCUUCCACCUGCACUCCGGCGACCCACAUCCCAUCUCCCAGCCCGAGCUACCCGAGCCCAAGCGACUCAAGGAGCCCUUCCUGGAAACAGCCAUCCACCACUGCCUCGACCACCCUCUCUCCCCCCCCCCCUCCUGCUCGCUUCACCAUGCUCCCAUCGACCUGGCUCCCGCCGCCGAACUCCAACCGUUCCGCGACGUCGCCAAAGUCAACGCCUCCACCUUCGACGCCGCCCUCCGCGCCUUCAACGGCGGCAACUCCCUCCCCUCCUACCAGCAACCCCUCCAUCCACUCUCCCAACCCCCCCCCGUCCACCAACAACAUACUCACCUCCUACGACGAGGCCAUCAGCCAAGCCUCCUCUCCCCCCUGUCGCCUCGACCCCCUCUCCUCUCUCUCUCAACCCCAACUCCCCCUCCCCCCCUCCAACCUCUCCUCCUCUCACCCCACCCCCUUCCCCCCCCCCGACCCCCUCGGCUUCAUCGACCCGCUGCCCCCCCAUACGACAGCUGUUCCCUCCCUCUUGCUCCCCCCCCCCUCGACCUCAUCUCCACCCCGUUCGGCGACGUCGUCAUGCCGUCCUCCACCGGCGCCAGCGACCCCUACUUCGGCGUCCUUCCGCCCAACGGCAACCCCUAGCCCCCCCGCCGACCCCCCCCCAUUUUUGACACCCACCUGCAAGAACGCGGGGACGUUGUACCCAAAUACACGCAAAAAAAAAAAAAUUUUC